AUGGCAAUCUUCGAUGAGGCCGCUUCUGUUGGAGGUACUUGGGCAAGGGAAAGACUCUACCCAGGCUUGAAAACGAAUAACCUUCUCGGCACCUAUGAGUUUUCGGACUUUCCCAUGACCCCGGGCCGGUUCGACGUCAAGGAAGGUCACCACAUCCCCGGGCACGCUGUGCACGAGUAUCUCACGCAGUUUGUGGAAGAGUUUCGUCUCACGUCACGCCUACAGAUGAGGCAGAAAAUAGAGACGGCAGAGCUUUUAGAGAACGGUUCCUGGUCCCUGAGGAUCAUCUCAGCCGACCCGGGGACCGAACCAAGAACUAUCCUCGCCAAAAGGCUUGUGGUGGCAACUGGACUCACCUCAAAGCCAUUCAUGCCGAAGUUAUCCGGAGAUCAUGGGUUCAACAGGCCCUUGUUUCAUGCCAAAGAACUACGGGAUCGUGCUGAAGAGAUUGAGAAGGCCCGCAGCGUGGCAGUCCUCGGCGGCAACAAGUCAGCAUGGGACACGUGCUUUCUUGCCGCCAAGUCAGGUGCCCAUGUGCAUAUGGUAAUGCGGCCUGACGGUGGAGGUCCGAGUUGGAUCUGGCCCGUGGUGUUCUCCCCGUUCAAGAUCUCAAUCCAGCGACUGGCCUCCACCCGGUUCUUCACCUGGUUUGACCCUUGCAUCUGGGGCGAGUCCAGAGGGGUAAUAGGCUGGAUCCGAAGCGUCCUACAUGGGACGCGUGUUGGUCGAGCAGUAGUAUCAAUAUUCUGGAGUACUCUCCAGGGAUAUGCGCAAAGAGCUCACGGCUACGACGACCACCCCGGGACGCAGAAGCUGAGGCCUUGGGUGAGCACCUUCUGGAUGGGGAACUCGCUGAGCAUUCACAACUAUACUGCAUCCUGGUUUGGGUUGGUCCGCGAGGGCAAGAUAACCGUACAUGUUGCUGAUGUCUCUUCACUGUCGGAUGGUACUGUGCAUCUUUCGAACAAGGAAAGCUUGGACAUAGAUGCAUUCGUCUGUUGCACCGGCUGGGCUACACAGCCUCCCGUUCGUUUUCUGCCAGAGGAUCUAAAGUCAGAGUUGGGUCUAGAGAGGAACAACAGCAUCGAAGAACAGAAAAUGAGAGAUGGGGCUCGGGCAGAAAUCUUCACUCGAUUCCCUGCUCUUCGAGUUGGUCCACGCCGACGUCUUCCGCCCGGAAUUUCAACCCCUGCCAACAAAGAACAUGCAGCCACCAGAGAAGCCUCGCCAGGCUACCAACUAUACCGUUUCCUCGUACCUACAGAGGAGAGAUUCCUGAGGCAGCGCAACAUUGCGUUCAUCGGCUCACAUCUUGCGCUCAACGCCAUAAUGAUCGCUCAGCUGCAGGCUUUGUGGGUCACCGCAUAUUUUGUGGACGAAUUGCCUCCUUUGACGGCAGAAUCUCUAGAUCAUGACCAAGAAGUAUGGCCGAACCGGAGUCUGGUCCGAAAUAUUUCACCGGUAUCGUCCAAGCGACUUUAA